AUGCCCCCUCGCCAUUUCAGAUUUGUGUCAGCGUGGCUGACCCUGACGGGUCAGGCACAACGACGACAAAGUCGGACACUCAUCAUCACAACCGGCUCAGGGAGGCAGCCACUUCACGAAAGCCUGGAACUUCUGCAAAGGGGCAAACGCCUUAUCUAUCGCGUCACAGUUUCCCCGUGGUGGACUAUGUGCAGUGUUAACGUGCGAGCCUUAAUCAUUACCAUCGGAUGCAUUUGCGCAGUGAUGAACAGUUCCAACGUCUUGAUUAUUCACUACAGUUGGCGAUCGAAUAUCAGCCAACUACCCUUUUCCAAGUAUAUUCCGGACGUUCACAACAUCUCAUCCUUGACUGGUCAGUCGAUGUCAGAUAAUAUUCAAGUUGGCCUGGGUACCGUCAGCAUUCCUUUCGACUUGAUGGUGAUCGUCGGGGCCACGUUGGAAGCAAGUUGGCUACUUCCCGCUCCGGUGCUCUGGGGUUCCGUCGACCUAGUGGCUGACACUGUCAUCGGACUUAUGUCUGCAAACUAUUCCAAGCCCGGGUAUAUUAAAGUAAUCCUCGGCGAGGACGAAAUAACUGAGAAUAAAACCGCUACGGAUGAACAAGAUGAUGUCAGACGGGCCGCGGUGACCGCGGGUGAAGAAUUCGACGACUAUCUUUCGCUGUCGUACGCCGAUUUCUUCGUGCAUGUACCGUCUAUACGAACGAAGCAACGGGAGGCUGGCGUCGACUAUAUGGUGGCAGCCAUUCCAAAAAAGAAGAUUCAGUUUGCGGUUGCUGAUGACAUUCGUCAGGCCUUGCAUUUCCUCUAUGUAAUGGUUCGUCUAAUUGCAAAAAUCGAGGCCCUGUACUUGGUUUGGGAGUACUACCAACGUGUGAAAACCCACACCGAAGUGAUAGAGGUAAAGCGAGCAUUCUAUGCGUCAGCUUCACCUGGAGCGAACUCCGCCUCCUAUGGGUCACCACAGGCGUCGCCCCAGCGCGGAAUAUCACAGUCCCGACAAGGCAUAUCUAGUCCUGGAAGACAGACUCCACAGCGUGCUUUUCAGCCUGGACCAGCACAGUCCCCGCAGCGUUCAGCUCAACCUGGACAAGCACGGUCUCCACAGCGCUCACCAAGACCUGGUAGAGCAUGAGGCUUUAUCAACCAUUAGUGUUCAAUGUACUAUGUGAUUACCCGAUCCGUUAGUAGCCGUUAUAUAUGUUUAUACUGGAAGAGCUUUUCGAGUAUUUGUAGUGCUAUGUACAAAAGAUAAAUAACAGAAAAUGUCUCGUGCUACUUUUUA